AUGUCGUUGACUUUGAAGCUCUCCUCCUUGGCAAUCCGGACCCUGUCCAAGCCCAUCGCUUCUCAAAUUAAAGCCCAGGCCCGCGAACAUGAACGGUUUCGCAAUAUCUGCGUGUCUAUAGCCCAGGCUCUUCACCGAUUCGAUAUGCGUCUUAGACUAGGCUCCCUGCGCGAUACUGCCGCCUCACAGCGUCAAGCCAUCGCCGCCGCCGAAGCGCGAAAACACAAGCUUUCAAUCCCCACCGUUCGGAACGCCGCCGACACGAAAGCCGCCGAGGAGGCAGAGGCCAAGGCCAAGGCUGCGGCUGAAGACGCGGCCAAGCCUCAACACUAUCAUAUCCGUCCCCUCUCCGAGUCGAAAGCUAUCGAGUCCGGUGCCAAUUUCAUCUCCGAGUCCUUCCUCUUCCUUGUUGCUGGAGGUCUGAUCCUAUUUGAGUCAUGGCGGUCACGGAGCAAGGAAAGCACCCGCCGGGAAGGCGUCGAGGGAAGACUAGCAGAUCUAGAACAAUCCGAACAGGCCGCACGCGAAGCUCUGCUGGCACUAGAAAAGGAGGUACUGCAGCUCAGAGCGAAGCACAGUGACUUGCCUAAGUUGCACACGAAGAGGAUUCUGUCUCCUGAGAUAUAUGAACAAGCCGGAGAGUCGGAUACGCCGGACAUCGUACAUGGGUGGCUCUCACGACUUGCCUCGUACAUUCCUUUCGGUCAACGCGCCGAGGAGACGGCCGAGCCUGCGCCUGUUACCCAGCCUACAGCAGAAAGGGCUACCGCAGAAAAGGCUGCAUCGACAUCCCAAACCCAGGAACACUCUGCAUCAGCCAGUCCGACAUCAUCACCUGCAUCGAAAAGCUCGUGA